UCGCAUCAGUGCCUUCCCGAAUCAGGGUUUCUCAUACAACUUGCAAGGCUAUGUUCCAGCUUGCAGCUCCAUUUGACGCGCGACCUGUUCCUUGAUCCUCCUGACCAUGUGAAGUCCAAUGCAGGCCAGCAGGAUGCAAAGCCAUAUAUAUUUGGCGACCGAUUUUCUCUUGACGGUCAGACGCAGCCUCUCUUCCUUUGAAUCUCUUCGUUCAGAGUGGACUCUAUCAUGCCCGCUCUCACUUAUCUGUUGUUGGCCGCCAUCUGCGCGUCAUCUGUUCACUCUCUGCCUUCCAAACGUAUUCAGAGCUGUAAUGCUACUGUGACACCCUCUUCCUUCUCAUCUACGUCUUUGGAUGUUGUCAUCGUGGGUGGUGGAACUGCUGGCCUCGUCCUUGCUUCGCGCCUUUCAGAAAGCGAGAAGCUACAGGUCGGUGUGAUAGAGGCGGGUUAUGAUCACGCCAACGAUCCUCUCAUCGACAUCCCCAAUGAUGCAAACCUCCUUGGAUACCAGGGUGCUCUGUUUGGCAACUCGACUUAUGAUUGGGAGUAUACAAGUGUCCCACAGCGAGGUCUAGACGAUAGAGUUCUGUCGUAUCCUAGCGGAAAAGUUCUUGGUGGCUCAUCUGCCAUCAAUGGUAUGACAAUACAGCGUGGAUCCCGCCAAGAUUACGACGCUUGGGGAAACGCCUUCGGAAACGGUCAAGAAUGGACUUUUGACGCCGUCCUCCCCUACUUCGAACGUUAUGAGCACUGGCAUGCCCCUACUUUGUCAGCUACGGGUGACCUUGACUCGGACGAACUAAGUGCAGUCCAUGGCACCAGCGGCCCCGUCUCCGUAAGCUAUAACAACUGGCUGCCAGACAUCGACACUCCCCUCAUCCAAUCGGGGAUCGCCCUCGGUCUCGGACCAACCCAGAACCCUGACGGAGGUAACGACACCUUCUUCCCCAAUUUCGGAGCGUCCCACAGCUACGAUCCUGCUACGGGAAGCCGCAGCUAUGCGGCCAGUGCGUAUUAUGGACAGACCGAGCGGUGUCGCUCUAACCUACAUCUGUUGACUGGUGCUAUUGUGUCCCGUAUUAUCUGGUACAACAACACAGCUACGAAGGCAGCGGGUGUAGAAUAUACAGUCGGAACCGAGAAGUUUACGGUAAAGGCUUCCAAAGAAGUCAUACUCUCAGCUGGCUCCCUUAGAUCGCCACAGAUUCUUGAGCUAAGCGGAGUCGGCAACAAGACAUUGCUGGAAAGCCUCAACAUCUCCGUUGUCGUCGAUAUCCCUCAGGUGGGAGAGAACUUGGUAGAGCAGUUUAUCGCAGCAACGGACUUUUUGGUUCGUGAUGGGGUGUCCACACUUGAUGCUCUCAGCAACAAUGCCACCCUCUUAGCCGAACAGCAGAACCUUUACCGAACGAACAAGACUGGCGCAUUCACCUACUGUUUACAUGUCAAUGCUCCUACUCCCAUUCGUUCAGUUGUUCCGGAGGACGAAUUCACGGCCAUGCGCGCGGUACUCGACAAUUAUCUCGCCAACGCAACUCUCACUCCGCUACAAAAAGUGCAAUACGAUGUCAUCAAGCAAUUCAUUGACGGCGGUGAGGUUGCCACUGCCUCCUUGUUGGUACUCCCGAGCGGUGGCUUGGUCAGCACUCCGGCAGCAGACCAGGGUUACAUAUCGGUCGUUUCGAGUCCAGGGCACCCUUUCUCACGCGGAAAUGUGCAUAUCAACACCACGGACCCACUUUCGUACCCCCUCAUUGACUCUGCAUUCCUAACAAACCCCUGGGAUGUCCAGGCUACGUUCAACUUUAUGCUGUUUGUUCGCAAGUGGAUCGCCACUGUGGACGAUGUAGAAUCGCCUGGUACCCCUCCACAGGAUGCAGAUUCAUGGAGUGAUGACCAGUGGACGGCGUACGUGAAAAGCGUUCUCGGGACUGCCCAUCAUCCAGUUGGAACCGCAGCCAUGGCAUCGCAAGAACUUGGAGGUAGGUGCAGUUUUGAUCAGCCUCGAUAUCCAUUCACUGUUCGCCGUGUAGGUGUCGUCGAUCCCCGAUUCAAAGUAUAUGGUCUCCAAAAUGUCCGCGUCGUUGAUGCUAGCGUGUUUCCCAUGCCUGUUGGCAUAGCCCCGUUGUCGACAGUAUACAUGCUAGCCGAAAAGGUAAACUGCAUGGUUUCUGAUCAUUUCUUCCCUACAUCUGACUUGAUUUCCAGGCAGCUGAUACUAUCAAGACCGAUCUGAAUGCUAACUAAAUUAGUGUUCAGGUUCUUCAUCAGUUCUUUUGAGAGAAUACCCACAUCAGACGUUCUUUACCAUACUACUUUAAAGUUACGCGGCUACGUCUUAUAUCUGAUCGUGAUCGUUUCAUCAUAAUUAAUUUUAUCUGCAAUGUGCAUUUUGGGAGUGUUUACUUUCCACAGACUGUUCAUCAUUUAUCGAACACUUAGUGGAUGAUUAUUUAUUAUAUCAGAUAUUAAAUAUAUGAGUCUUUGCUCAAAAUUCCCACUAUCCCAUACUAGCAUGAUGAGUUUCAAAUGAAAGGUAUUUCUUG